UAGGUUUACUCUGCGCCGAGAGCGCUGCACCGGUACCACGCUGAGGCACAGACCUCUUACAUUCUCUUCUUCCUAACACUUCAUGGACCUCUAAAACUUCUUCUUUUCAUUGGAGGAACCGUCAACAGUGAUCCCCUAACCAUGGGGAAUAGGUUAUUGCCUCUUGUUGCCGCUCUCUUUGUGCAAUUCGCAGUGAUCAGAGCGCAGUUUGACUGUGACUUUGAGAGCGGUCUCUGCGGCUGGACUCAGGCUACAGACGACGAGUUCGACUGGACGAGAAAUCAGGGAACAACUGGAACGGCAAACAGCGGGCCGUCAAGCGACCACACCACUGGCAAUGGCUAUUACGUGUACAUAGAAGCCUCCAACAAGUCCCCUGAUGACCGUGCUCGCAUAGUGAGCCCGGAUGUGACGGUGCCGGCAGCGCAGACCAAGUGUCUGAAGUUCUGGUACCACAUGUACGGCUCACACGUGGACGCUUUCAACGUCUACUGGCAAGUCGGAGGGGCUCUGGGGACCGCAAUUUGGACCCGACAGGGCGACCAAGGGAACCUGUGGACGGAAGCAAGCAUCGACAUUUCCGCUGGACAGGGUCAGGUUGUCCUUGAAGGCGUCCGUGGCACCAGUUUCCGUGGAGACAUAGCUGUGGACGAUGUCACCCUCACAGAUGGGGCAUGCUCACAAGUGGUUGGUCCCAGCGUGCCUCCCGGUGGACUUCAGUGUGACUUUGAAGAUGUGAACUUGUGCGGAUACACACAGGACACAGACGAUGACUUCGACUGGACCUGGCAGAGUUCUAACACUGGCACAUCUGGCACAGGACCUAGCAAUGAUCACACCUACGGGACAGCAGCAGGGCACUACGUGUACACGGAGACGUCCAGCCCCAGACAGCCAGGAGUGCGGGGGUCAAGCUACCGUGGUGACAUUGCUGUAGAUGACGUCGCACUAACAGAUGGACCCUGUCAAGGAGCUGAUGGGAACUGUGAUUUUGAGACAGACCUGUGCACAUGGACUAAUGCCCAGCAGGGGGACGACUUUGACUGGGUCCUGAACAAUGGGAACACUGGGAGCUCUGGCACUGGACCUGACUCCGACCACACACUAGGCAACGCACAAGAUGUCAUGUUCCAGAAUUACACACAGUAA